GUCAGUUGAUCACGAGUGAAGGUUAGGAGCAGUUCAGGUAGUCUAGGAUGGUCGAUGAAAGUUACUCUUUUCUGUGAUUUAAAGUUGAAGGAAUUUCAUUAGCUCCUCCCUAGAUGUUGAUAAUUGAUAUAUCAGUGAAGUGUUAACAAAUCGUUGUGGCACUUUCUCGAGGUGUAAUAUACCCAGCGCCACUUGUGACUCGGGAAGUUUCUUUGGCGCAAAAAGAAAGGGAAAAAAAUAUCAAGGGGCCUCCACUUGGCAGCUUUCAGUGACGAUUUUAUUGCCAAAAUAUGCGUAGAACUGUCGAUUUUGUAGAUAGGUGUACUUGUUGUUGAUUAACUGAAACAUCACCUUUUACUAGUCACUUGGUGAUGAUACAAUGGUCUCAAUCAUCAAAAAUCAGCUGCUCAAGCAUCUGUCAAGAUUUACGAAGAACCUAUCAGCUGAUAAAAUAAACUUGAGUACACUGCGAGGAGAGGGCGAACUAACGAACUUGGAGUUAGACGAGGCGGUUCUGACUGAUCUACUGGAGUUACCAUCCUGGCUUAAAUUGACAAGUGCUUGGUGCAACAAAGUUAAUCUACGUGUACAAUGGACCAAGCUCAAGAGUGUUCCUAUAUUUUUGCAUCUAGAUGAAGUGCAUAUCGAAUUGGUCACUUGCGAGGAUUUGCGAAGCCCAACAUCACCAAGCAAUGCAACUGCCUUUCCAGGAGCUACCAAAUAUUCGUUUAUUCAUAAAGUCAUCGAUGGCAUCACCAUUGCAGUUAACACUGUUACUGUCACGUUUAGGAGUCCUGCUUUUAUCGCAAAUGUUCAGAUUGCAAGAAUAACAGUUGAGUCAAAAUCGCCGGCCUGGCAGCGUUGUGAUUUGAGAAUGACAAGACUUAAAGACACUGAUAGAGGACAACUACUUAUAUUCAAAGAAAUGGAAUGGCAGACUGUUAGAAUAGAAGCACAAAGUACAAAAGACAAAGACUUGACCCCUCUACGUUUGUUAACUAAUCAAGCUAGAUGCCGUAUUACUAUUAAGAAGAGAUUGUCUGACUGUUUCGUUUUGGGAUCACGUUUGGUCCUUAUUCUCGAUGAUCUACUGUGGGUCCUCACUGAUUCACAGCUUAAGGCUGCAUUACGAUUCAUUGACUCGCUAGGUGGGCUCAUUGAGAGGGCAACGAUGUUGGAGAGGAAAGUUAAAGCAGCGAGAAAGCUUGAGCUUCUACCAGAGUAUCAAGCUCAAGUAUCGCAACAGGCAAGAAGUAAAAUCCAGUGUAAUACCGCAAUAUCUAAGAUAUUUAUGAGAUACGAUGUCGUUGAAACCUGUUACCACUUUCUAUGUCAGAGGAUUGAUCUCCACUUGUGCGAUGAUCCUGGCCCUGGACGAUCGUCUCACCCCGAAUUGCAGGGUGGCGGGGCUCUUCAGAUAUCUCUGGUUAAAUUCCAGAUAGACUAUUAUCCUUACCAUUUGGCUAUGGCUGAUCGAAAGCACUGGGCUAAAUACAAGGAGAAUGCAACGCCUCAUGCUCAGUGGCUUCAGCAGUCCCUCAAUGCAUUUCGUGGACAGUUUAUGGAUCUCAUCGAUAUUGGGCAGAGCCAUGGGACAUCUGCACGCAGCAAUACGGAUCAAAGUGGUGAGCAAAAACAAGCAUGGGAUGAACAACGAAAGAGUGUGGAUCAGCAAAGUCCAUUAGUGACGUCAGAGACGAAAAAAGCUCACACCAGUGGCAACGUAGUUAAAAAUUUCGUUCUCGAACAAUUAUCGACUCUCAUGACAUCGUGCAUUGUCAUCAGAAUAAAUGAUUUUACAGUAUACAAAGUGACAACAUCAUCUCGAAAACCUACCAUCAAGGAAUUCAUAACAGCCCAAACGAGGAAGAAGCAUAUGACAGGGGAUCGAGAUAAAUUCUGUUUACCCGAUGAUGUUACCAUUAUUCAUGCUGAGUUUACUUAUUAUUACUAUCCUGGGGAUAUCUCAUUUCCAUUACCACCACCGAAAUUCUACGUACAGGCGAACCCGCUGCAAAUAAACUACGACGUGUACAGUUGUCUGUGGUUCAACUCAUUUGCAUUGAACCUGUAUCAGUCCCUCCUAAGUGCUGAAAAUAAGAUGGAAGACACUGAUGUAAUGUAUUUUGAUGUCAAACUGGAGGCCAUAUUACCACGAAUAGUUCUGGAAGCUCAGCAUGAUUAUCCAAACCAAAGAGACAGACCCAAAUCCCUUCACGUUCAAAUUUCAAGAGUGUCGGUAACGAAUGUGCGAUCAACAGAGAGAUCAUCGCGAGCUGAUUUAGCUGAGUGUUUAAAUGCUUUUCAAAUGGGCCAAAUGUUCUUUUCGACUGAUUUUCCCUGUAAGGAUUCUGAUUUCCGUGUUAUAUCAGAGAAAUUCCUGAGUCAUUGUGCAGGAACAGAUAACGUUCGAUCCUACCCUGAGAAUUUCAACGCCUCCACAGUCGAUGAACUUACAAAACAAUUAACCAAGAAGCUUCUCUGGAUCGAUUCAAAGGACAUGUGGUGCUGCAGCCUUGAGCCCGUCUGGGCUGACUUCUUCGGAGCUCGUGCUGUAGGUUCCAAUCGUCCAGUUCCCUUUCUGGAUGCCUUUCCAGUCACAAUCUGGCUACACCUCUCCCCUCCCGCCUCCCCCAGCCCCACAAAACCCAGUGGAACUGAUAUCCAUGGGUUAGCCUACAUCAGCAAUCUCAUCUCUGUCCAGUUGAAUCACUACCAGUAUCUGUUCCUCCUACGUCAGAUGGAAGUCCUAACGGAGAUGAGUACCUACCUCGUUGUGGACUCUAAUAGAAUUCUCAAUGUCGAGUCAGGCCCUCUGACGAUAGCUGCACUCAUUCCUCAGGUGGAAGUGACUCUCAUAAUGCCCUCGCAAACUCCAGGAAAGGAGAAUUCAGGUGGUGAUCUUGAGUCAGUUGUACCAGACUCAUCCAGCAUUGCAGAAGAUCUUCUCCCCUCCUCCCUUCCCCAUCAUAUUGCAACAGCUGCACGAAUGGAAUUUGGUUCAAAAAGAUUGAACACGUCCAACGACGUGGAAACUCCCCAGAGUGAAGUAUGUUCGAUGAUAUCAAUGGAACACACGACGCCACAAGUUGUGACAUUCAAGCAGGAGCGAAUCGAUGCAAUUCAAGAGCCUGAUUUCCCUAGGCUCAAACGUCAGCCCUCAGAGACAACUCCAUUUAUACCAAAUAAUUUCAAUGUUGGUCUGUCAUCUAUGAAAAAGGGAUUUGCUAAUUUAAUGACAUCGAUUGAUUCAGCUUUGAAAGCAUCUCCAGAGGAUGGAAGUAGUGAUACAGUGUCCAUGAGGAGUGACAUGAGCUCUGACAGUGAAAAUUAUCUUGUUGAGAAGCUGGAGGAGGGAGAUUCUUUCUUUGGUGGACUCAAUGCCACUGGAAUAACAGCGGUGGAAGAGGCUAUCGAGGUUGUUGAGGAAACACCCGAUACACAGAGUGAAAAAUCCAUGGAUUCUGCAUGCAAACGAAAGGAUCUUGUGUCAAUGAUAACGUUUAAACUGUCUAAAGUUGAAGUUGUCCAGCAGAGUUCGGGUUUUGAUUCGGUUGUGAAAGCUCAGGUGGCAAAAAUAACCAGUGAGGAAUGCUCGUCAAUACCCUGGGAUGAAUUCCAGUCGAAAUUUAGUUCUAGGUCAAGGGGUUGGGUCGAGGUCCCAUCGGAUGCUGAUUGUGGAGCGUGUGCCAGGGUCAGACUUGCUCAUGGGUUGAGGAAGGAAGAUGUUGAGAGAGUGGGGAGAAAGGGGGGCAGCCAUUUGCAAAGCAAGGAGGGACUGAUGGCUAUGUUCCAGGAUGAACUCAAAGCGAAGAUUAUGAAUGUUAAAUUGGCGCUGUCUAUGAGCUAUGUGGCUGGACUGACCGAUCUCGUGGAGGACGAGGUCAUUCCGGAUCCCCUACCUAUGAAGAUAUUUCUGGAGAACAUCUGUCUGCGAUUGAACGAGGACCGUCCCCCCAACAAUAUCACAUCACCAGGGCCCAUUCCAAUCGACGUAGUCAUCUCAAAUCUUCAGAUAUUGCGAGACAAAAAGGGAAUUUUUCGGGUUGAAACCCCGGCCGAUAAACGCUCCCUGGCGAGUUUGGCGAAUGGAAUUGGCAAGUGCACCAUCACUAGUGAAACAGAACAAGAGUUGAACUCAUUAAGACAGUCGUCACGACAGUUGAAAGGGGACAAUGAAGAGUUGAAACGACGUCUUACAGCCCUGGAAAGACUUUCAGAGGAGAAUUCUCGAUUGAGAAGAUCUCAUCAAGAACUGGAAAUUCUCAAAUCGAGUCUCAAUGCGGCUCAGGAUUAUAUCUCUGAAUUGUUGAAGGAGAAGCAGGCGUUACAGGACACUGCUGCUGUCCUCCAGAAACAGUUGACAAAAUCCAAUGAAUCAGCGAACAGUGGACGACCAUCGUGGUCCAUCAAGAGAUAGCAUACCAGUUGCUUCGACUGCUCAACUUGUUGCAGUGCUAAUAAAUCAUGAUAGAACAGAGGAAUGCAAAUAUUUCAAGGAAUUUAUUGUCUCUAAAUUCAAUUUUCGAAUACGUUUCUUGAGGUUACUCUCGAGGAGGAACAGAAGUUACAGUUGCAUUAGAAUUUCAGACUGAGUAGGUUUCUUCGACAUUCCUGGAAGUGAGAACGAAUGGGUGGAUAUUAUUUCGAUACUUCCCAAUGAAACAAAGGUACGUUUUAUUUUUUUAGAAAGGGGUAUCUCAGAAUUACUGAGAAAACUCAGUUAUCGGAAUUUCCCCAGAGAAAUCCAUCGAACUCAAGAGAAAUAAGGAAGAAAAGUAUUUCGUGAAUGUUGAUUAAUAAUUUUCAACUGAUUUAGUCGAUUUUUUAAAGUCAGGAUGGAUGAAAAUAUAUAUUUUAUUCUAUUUUGUUCAGUACUUUCAUAUUCGUAUGUAUAGACUUCGAUGACAAGAAAUGGAAAUACAGAUACCGAGGAAAGAAAUUGAGGGAGUGAGGGUAUUCCGGACGAGCAGAAUAAUUCAAAGGCCAACGAAGAUAUCUGUUUUGACGUUUGGAUCGGUACGCGCCGCAUGGAAUUAAUUUUCAAGCGCUUGCGUUUCCGUGCUUUUGACAGCUGCAUCGAUUCAAGGUGCAUGGGAAGAUCGUGAGGUUUGAGAAAGGAAAAUAAAUAAAAGACGUGCUGAAUUCUUUGGGGAUUUUACAUUUUCAAAUAUCACUUGCACAGGAUUUUAUCAAAGGUAGUGGAAUGGAUUGUCUCUAUUUCAUCUGAGCGUUCGCCAGAACAUUGAGGUAGAUGGUUUUUACGGGGAAUUCUGAUUUAUCUAUUUUCGAAAAUUCUAAUGUACUCUUGUUUUAAAAAUAAUAAUUAAGGACUCAUGUUUUAUUAGGAAGUAUCGGGUCGGUUUUAUCUCUUAAUGCAAUUGUUCGAAUUACUUUGUCGAGUCUCAUUGUAAAGAGUGAUUUGGCAACUUGGAAAGUGAGUGAUUUUAGGGAGAAGUUUCGGAAUAUUUUCCUUCCAAGGGAAGUUAUCCUAAGGACAAAUAUCCCGCCUAUUAGAAAGCUACAACAUGUUUGAAAAAAAUGACUCCAGGAUUUUUUUCCCAUGGAGUUACACAUCAUCUGACUAAUUUGAUAUUUAAUGAGAGUUGGAGGUUGUGAUGUUUCACGAUAUUAGUGCUCAUGUGAAUUGAUAUGAUUGUUUAUUUUUUUUCAUAAAACUUGAGAUAUUAUUUAUUUUGAGGAGAUUCAAGGGUGAAAAUGGAGAUAUCACAUAGCAGAAAGGAGAUUGUAGAAUGGAUUCCUUCGAAGAAAUUGAAAACAUCAAUAUUUUUCAAAAAAAUCACAAUUUAUGUGAUUGCAUUCAUGGAAUACUUGUAAUCAUAUUCGGACGAGGUAGCGGAACCUCACAUAAGUGAUUUGACACAUAUCUUCAGACUCUAGACAUCUCAAGAUCUAUUUUUUCUAUAAAAUCCACUGUCUUUUGGAAUGUCGCUCCCAUUCUGCUAGUGAUGGAAUUAUCUCCUGAACAAUUUGAAAUUAGAUGGAGUGAAAUCCUUUACAUCGAAAUUUUUCACAGCUACAAAAAGGAUUUUUUGAUAUUUUAUUCUGAAACCAUUCACUUUUGAGAUAAUUUCGUAAUCAAGAAUUCACACUUGAACGUCUUCAGAACAUGUUUUUAUGCUUACAUUAUCGAAUUUGUACAUUUUUUUUGUAAUCGAUGCCUUCCGUUAUGUUUUUUUAUUGUUGCUAUUCAAUUUUCAAAUUAGAGGGCUAAAGACUUUGAGUUCUUCCUCAUUUUUUAGAUUUUUAUUAAAUGUACUCAAAAUCAAAUUAUUUUGCGAAAAAUGGAAUAUUUUAAUUUUGGAACGAUGAUGAUAAUUUGAUUGAUCUUCAUCACUUCCUCUAUACAUGUAUAUACUAUAUAUUUAAAACUAAAUUCUUACGUAGUUGAGAGAAUAAUUCGUGAGUUUUGCUGGAAAUAUAUUAUCAAUGGUGUUAUCAAUGAAAAUCAAGAGUUACAAUGUAAUAAUUCAAUGACUGAAUUCUCUAAAAUCUGUCCAUAUAUCAACUUCAAUCCUCCUAUGUCAUACAAAUUUUGUUCCCAGUGUCUUCAGUUGACUCCAACAUUGGAAUUGUUCAAAUUGACGUCAGAAUAGUGCAAUAAGGUAUAUACAAUUAAUUUUUUUUAUCACUUGCUUUAAAAUAUUUUUAAAUUUUGUGUCGUAUUUUCAAUUGAAUUGUAAUUGAAACAAAGACAGAAAUGAGUGAAAAAAGAAAUUUUAUAUUAAAAAAGUGUCUCUACCUUUGUUGAGAUAUAUUCUGAAUAAAUUGAAAAUUGUUAAUUUUUAAAGUCAA